AUGAUAGACAAUGAGAACAAUGACAUCAAAGUGGCACAAAAAAAGAAGAAAAAGGGUAAAUCAGGAUCAGCGCUCAGCCACCUCACAGGCCCCAAGUUCCUCAUAUAUGUCAGUGGAGCAUUGUCAAUGUGGGGUGAUCGUAUGUGGCACUUUGCCAUCUCUGUCUUUCUGAUUGAGCUGUACGGACAUAACUUAUUGUUAACUGCCAUCUUUGGGCUGGUGCUGGCUGGUUCUGUGCUUUUAUUAGGUGCUCUAAUUGGAGACUGGGUGGACCGUAACCCAAGAAACAAAGUGGCUCAUGCAUCCUUGUUCAUUCAAAACAUCUCACUGACAGCAUGUAGUAUCUUGCUUAUGCUGGUAUUCUCAUACAAAAAGUGGAUUGAGCAAAUCUGGAAUGGUUGGUUAACUGUGGUUUGUUAUACGGUGGUGAUCAUCCUGGCAGAUGUGGCGAACCUCGCCAGCACAGCCCUCAACAUUGCCAUACAGAGAGACUGGAUAGUGGUCAUAACUGGCUACAACCGUGGCCACCUAGCUGGGAUGAACGCCACCAUGCGACGCAUUGACCAAGUGACCAACAUUUUGGCUCCGCUGGCUGUGGGUCAGGUCAUGACCCUGGCCUCAAAUGUGGUGGGUUGUGGCUUCAUCCUGGGCUGGAAUCUGGUCUCCUUGAUUGUGGAGUUUGUCUUCCUCUCUAGAGUGUAUCGCAUUGUACCAGCACUUUCAGUCAAACUGCCCAUGGUAGAGGAACAAUGCUAUCUGGAGAAGAGGGGGGAAAGGAAGAGUUCAAAAGGUGAGAGUUCAUUAAGGCAGACAGCGUCCUUCACUGAGGACAACGAAGGUCUGCAUUUGAGAGAGAGUACUAGCCUGCCACCAUGUCUGCAACGCCUGCGCAGGCUCCUUAGCACCUGCAGAGAGGGCUGGAGAGCUUAUUACCGGCAGCCUGUGUUCCUGGCAGGUCUGGGCCUGGCCUUCCUCUACACCACUGUGCUGGGCUUUGACUGCAUCACCACAGGUUAUGCAUAUACACAAGGUAUCAGUGGUUCCCUUCUCAGCUUGCUGAUGGGUGUCUCAGCCAUGGCUGGCCUGCUGGGUACAGUUCUGUUCAUCAAUCUCCGCAAAGCCUAUGGCCUGAUCAAAACAGGCUUGAUCUCCAGCUGCCUGCAUCUGUUCUGUCUGCUAUUGUGUGUGUGCUCUGUGUUUGCCCCCGGCAGCCCUAUGGAUCUCAGCAUCUUAAAAGAGUCCAAUGCCUCAGACAUGGGAGGGAUGAAUGGAGGAGGACACAGCAGACAUGGAUACCUGCUGCAGUGGGGCAACAACCAGCCUUUGCUGCCUGACCGCUCCUCAAUACACUGGACCAACAAUACAGUGCUGUUUGAAAAUGCACCAACAGCGCCAGCACCUGAGUCUUAUGUGUCCAUCUCUCUGCUGUUCCUAGGAGUCAUCACAGCUCGAAUUGGCCUGUGGUCAUUUGACCUGACAGUAACUCAGCUUCUGCAGGAAACCAUCUGUGAGUCUGAGCGUGGCAUUGUAAAUGGAGUCCAGAGCUCAAUAAACUACAUGAUGGAUCUGCUACACUUCCUCAUGGUGAUCUCUGCACCACAGCCACAACACUUUGGUAUUCUCGUCAUCAUCUCUGUGUUUUUCAUUACUGCAGGCCACAUCAUGUACUUCUUGUAUACCCGGAAGGCCAAGAGGAAACAGUGCCUCGAUACAUAAAUCACACCUCUGUAUGACACAAAGGUGCAGACACCUAAAUUGAUGUGUGUCUCGCAUGCUGCAGUGAAUACUGAACUACUACAGCUGUCUCA